AUAUAGUGAAUGCGGGGUCCGGGGGAGAGCGGAUAUAGUGAAUGCAGGGUCCGGGGAGAGCGGAUAUAGUGAAUGCGGGGUCCGGGGAGAGCGGAUAUAGUGAAUGCAGGGUCCGGGGAGAGCGGAUAUAGUGAAUGCGGGGUCCAGGGAGAGCGGAUAUAGUGAAUGCAGGGUCCGGGGAGAGCGGAUAUAGUGAAUGCGGGGUCCGGGGAGAGCGGAUAUAGUGAAUGCGGGGUCCUGGGUUUACCAAACAUUAGUUGUAGAAAAGGGACAGUUGGGAAAAGAAGAUGGCGAGAG